AUGGCCGACUCUCAAACAUCGCAACCUCCCCAACCCACACCUCAGAACGGAUCACAAGAGCAUCCCCCUCCGUCCGAAUCUGAAGAUAACAUCAAAACUGAGCCUGAUCUUGAUGCUUCCAUCGAAAAAGACGUCGAGAUGAACACCGAAACUCAGACCGGAGAGAACGCGAACGCCGGCGCGCCUGGCCAAGAUCCUAUGGCCCCCGCGCCAGAACCCUCUAAGAAGGAAACAAGCUUGCGCGAGUUCCUCGGCAAGAUGGACGAAUAUGCACCAAUCAUUCCCGAUGCAGUCACAGCCCACUACCUCACCCUCGCCGGUCUCCCACCUCCAGGCACCGGGCCCGGCCAAACCCCACCUCACCUAGCGCGCCUUCUGGCACUCGCCGCCCAAAAGUUUGUCUCAGACAUUGCAGCGGACUCGUACCAGUUUGCCCGCAUCCGCGCCUCAAACAGCUCCUCCGCAAACAACCCCAUUGGCAGUCUAGCAGCCGCGGCUGGUCUCGGCGCUCCUGCUGGUGCAGGCGGUGCCCCAGCUCCUGGCGGUGAUACUGGCAAGAGUAACAAAGCCGGCACUCAUCUCGGUAUUCAGCGACCUGGAUUCGGAGGUGGUGGUUCUGGUGGCUCUGGUCAGGGACGCACGGUGUUGACCAUGGAGGACCUUGGAAUGGCUGUUUCAGAAUAUGGAGUCAGCGUGAAGCGAGGCGAGUUCUACAGGUAG